AUGGCCUUUACCGAGGACAGCCUCAAGGCAAAGCUCUCGUCACUCAACGAGACCCAAGACGCCAUCUCGACCGUUGGCCAAUGGAUUCUCUUUCACAGACGACAUGCCGAGCGCAUUGCUGCCGUAUGGCUCCAACGUAUGAAGGAGUCGACGCCAAACAAGAAGCUGGUCCUAAUCUACCUCGCAAACGAAAUCACCCAGACAUCCAAGAUGCGCAAGAAAGAGGAGUUUCUUAAAGCAUACGAGCCCAUUCUCGCAGAAGCAACGACCGUCGCCUACAAGGGCUCGCCUCACGAGAUACAGAACAAGAUCCGACGUGUGGUCGAGGUCUGGCGACAGCGAUCCAUCUUCAACCCGGCUGUCCAGCAAGCCAUCGAGAGGUCUAUUGACGAAAUCGAUCGCACAAAGUCCACGCGCAAGCCUGCUCUUGGUGGCUCGCUCUUCUCCAGUUCGACCGUCCCGCCUGAGCUUACUUCGGUCGCCCCUCUUGCAACCGCUCUCCAAAAGGCCGAUAUUGCGACCAAGCCCGCUGUCACCACCGCAAACCAGGACUAUGAGAAACUCACCAACCCCAACGCUGCCAUUCCCUCCCCGCCCAUGCAUGCGGCAGGUCUUGCUGCCCUGUGUAAGAAGCUGGCACUAGCCGAGGGCGCCGUCGCAGAGAGUAUCAAGGCGCGCAAGGCCCUCAUCACUGGCCUGGAGCAGCUGCUUGAGACGAACAAGACAAGACUGGAGCAAGAGGAGGCGCAGGCAAUCGAUCUGAAGACCAGAAAGGAAGCGAUCGAAAGCCGCAAGCGCGAGGUUGAGGAAGCCAUCCUCAAGGGCUUAUCCGCAGCAGAGCAGAACAAGAUCUCCACUGCACCUCUCCCCGUUGCCGCAACUUCACCCGCGACCGCAACCUUCCCCACUGGCCAAGGCCGCCCCGAAGUCGAAGAACUCACUCCCCCACCCAUGGAAUCCUUCACCCCCACCGGAUCACCCCAGCAAAAACCAGCACCCCGCAACGACACCGUCCCCGAUAUAGGCGACGACGUCAUGCCCGAGCCCGCCGCCCACCCCGUCGUCCCUGAAACCGCACCAGCACCCGGCCACCACACCACCCAACCAGACUUUGCAACCACAAUGGGCGACCCGAACCAACAUGUCGCUGCUGAUCUGCUCAAGAGCCUCCAGCAUGCUAGGCCCGGUGCCGAUGGUGCUACGUACGGCCACCAGGCGUACGAGAAUAUGCACAAGAAGAGGAAGAUGAGUCGGAAUGCGCCGGAUGAUGAACUUGCUGCAUUUGCUGGGGAUAGGGAUAUGGCGGGUAUUGAUGAUAAUUUCGCGGAGCUGAUUUGA